CUGGAAAUUAUAUACUAUGCUUCACCCCUUCCCCCUGAUUUUGAUAAAUUGAAACCUUAUUCCAAAGUUUAUUAAACAAAAUUUCCCUGAAAGAAAUUAUGCUGUCGUGAUAAUGGUUAAAAUGUCCUUUGCACUGCAUAGAAAUAUCAGAUACUUAUAUGGAGCUUGGUCAUGACACCCAGAAUUGAACUCAGAUUCAUCUCCACAACUUGAUUGGAGUUCACCUGAUGUCAAUUCAAUUGAUUGAACAUAAUUUGGAGAUGGCUCUUCAAAUCCCAGCCUUGAGGACCCAUGUCCUGUUUUCAUCACACCUGAAUACAGUCUUUAGCAUCCCUUUGGAGGACUUGACUGCAUAUUGGGGAAGUAAUUCAGCCAUUUGAUUCAGAAGGACCCCGGUCACAGGGAGGAGCAGUUCAGAGUGAUGAAUGAUUUUGCCAAAGGUCAGCGUCUGUCUUACCCAAAAGUCGACAUCUUAAGAAAUACAAACAUAGUCAUCUUGAAAGGUCCUGGCAACAUAAGACCCACUAACCCCCAUGGACAAAACACAAGUGAUUUAGAGAGGAGAAUAAAUCUUCCUCAAGAUGUAAUAACCUUUAUUAAAUCCAGUAAUGCUGUUCGUAAGUACCAGACACUCUUCCAGCAGCGGUUCAGGAAUCCCGUGUUCAUAGAGGUCGGGUCAGACUUGGUCUUGUUUUGUAAGUGCCCUCAUGACCUGGAUGAGGCUCAGGCAGAAUUGGUGGGGGAUCUGAGUGUGGAGAUUGUGAAGCUCCAAGGCGCUGCCACUGCUCCUCCAGAUACAGACAGAAUCAAAGAAACCCUCAUGAAAGCCAAGACGGUCCUAAACCGUGAUGAGCUCAGGGUGGACUUCAGCUUCAUCCCUGGGCAAGGUGCAACCACGGUGGCCAAAGUACGCCUGGUGGGCUACGCUGAAUAUGUGAAGAAUCUCAGAGAUGUUCUUCAGGAUUACCUGUUGAAUCAGGUUUUUACAAAAGAAGUGCUGAACCUGCAACAUCCUGAAAUGGUUGACUGUUUUGGCAAAAUCCUAGAACUGAUUAGCAUUAAGCAAACACAAGUUACUUUGAAACAAUCCCUUCAACCCAAGCCCUGUGUAACUAUCUCUGGCCCCCGUUGCCAUGUGCAGGAGGCCCAUAAGGCUCUUAGGUCCGGAUUAGCCAGUCUGACAUUAGAAAAGUUGGUUUUAGAUGGUCCGGGAGCUGUGCGUUACUUCCAGGCAGAAGGUAAAACGAGCAAAGAGCUGGUUGAGAGCUCCUGUAAAGUUCUGAUCCAGGAACGUCAAGUAUCAGCACCAAGACAAUUUAUUUUUUCAACCCCAAGUCUUCGUCAUACUACAACCACCAGUCAACAGUCCUCUUUCCUGUUUGUGGGCCUUCAAAGACAAAAUGUUGACGCUGCCCUAACAAAGAUUAAGAAUCUAUACCAAGACCACAGCGCCACCAAAACCUUCACCAAUCAGGAUCUGGCAGACCUCACAGAGGAAGACAUAAAGAAGUUGAUGAACCUAGUAGAGACUCAGGACUUGUAUGUACAGGAGAACCCUUUAAGCCAGGGGGGCUUGACGGUGAGCGGGUUGAAAGCUGGCGUCAACCAGGUGAACCAGAUGCUCCAAACACUCAUUCCUCUUAGGAAAGAACUGAGAGCCAAAGAGGAGGAAAGUCUGUACCCUGGCAUAGCUUGGUGUAUCCUGGGACAAAACGGUAACUGGGAGAGGCUCCCAAAAACAGGCAAUUAUAAUCUGGAAAAGAAAAACAUCACAAAAGGCAUAGUGGACGCACAUGGGGUUAGCUGGAGUGUGAAUCUACUGAAGAUGGAGGCCAGAAGAGAUUUAACUGGACAGACGGCCAAGUUGAAACGACUUGAGAAUUUGCCAGACUUUACAUUUCCACUGUACUGGGACAAAAUGUCUAAAACUCAAGAUUUGGAGCAAGUGCUGCUGGAUCCUUCGUCUGCAGAGCAUCGAACCGUCCAGCAGGGAUUCAACCAGACUGCCCAUAACAAAACCAUUGUGAAGAUUGAACGCUUGCAGAACGUUCACCUGCGGCGCACGUAUGAAAUGCAGAAGAAACACAUCUCUGAAAAGAACAAAAAUGAAGGUGGGGUGGUUGAAAGACUUCUGUACCACGGGACAAGUCAGGAAAACCUCAACUCCAUCAAAACCAAAGGGUUCAACAGGAGCUUUUCUGGGAAACAUGCUACUGUAUAUGGUCAAGGAACCUACUUUGCUGUAAAUGCCGGCUACUCAGUGAGCUACGCCCAUCCCGCAGCAGACGGUACUCAAACCAUGUUCGUGGCCCGAGUCCUGACCGGCCUUUUCACUCAGGGCCGCAGCGACAUGAGGAUUCCUCCGCCUCGCAACAGCCAGCAACCCCAUGACCGCUACGACAGCUUGGUGGAUAAUAUCAACAACCCCAGCAUGUUUGUUGUGUUCCACGAUAACCAAGCCUACCCAGACUACCUCAUCACCUUUCGUUAAGCACAUGUUUAAAAGAAAAACAACCCUGUUGAUCUUUUUGCCCGUGUACCAAUUCAUACCUUUGCGGUUUCUGUUGUUCCUAACUAAUGUUUUGUGCCAACAAUGUUUCUGUUCAUACACGCCUCGGAGACAUAGUUCACAGUCUUUGACAACUGAAGAUUUAAAGUCGUUCGCCGCAGGACUGAAGGCAUCGCCCAGAUUAGAGACUCAUCCUCCUGAGAGCUGCAGCUGCAUUUUUAACUGAGAUUAAAGGCCUUAUCUCACUAACACAAACACUAUUACCUGAAGGAAAGAUUCUGUGCCAUAGGUAGCCAGUUAGCGCCCUGGUUUGGAAGAAAAAUUAGCAAAUAUAUGACGGUGUGAGGAAGGAAUUCAGUCUACCGAGCAACAUUAUGGCUUUCUGUUAUAAGAUAGCAUUGAGGAGAAUUACAGCUGGGAUGCCACAGGGAUCUUUUUCAGACAUAGUAAGGAGCUAGUGCUGUUGUCUAGACAUAUGAGGUAGUGCAUGAACCGCAAAACCAGAGCAAUUAAGCUGAGUCGGCAGCCGAAUCAGCAGCUUUCUCCUGGCGAUUAACAUGCUGUGAUUUGUUGUUAAUGUGGUAAUUAUGUGAGACGAGAUGGUUUAGAGGAGACGUUUAUUUUUUUUUUAUAUUUUGAAACUUUAUUACAAUUGAUAAUCGAUGUUGGCUAAUAUAGGCAAACUGUGUUUUGUCUACUAGAGAGGCGUUGGAAAAGCACAGAGUUUUUCUGUUAAUUCAGCUCAGUGUCAACUGAGUCCUUUGUCUGUUCCUGUAAUGUCAAAUCAGAGGACAACAGGGUUGUUUACAUGCACAAUGUUUCCAGCAUGUUUGAAAAUGUAACAUAUUCAGAACACCUGGGUGCAGGAGUUCUGUAAUAUCACCUCGGAGUUCUCUAAGUCAGUACGAGAAACUUAGAACGUACCAAAACAUAAACCCUUAGCCAGCUUGGUUGAAUUUGGGGUGGAAAACAUGUGAGAACAUGAUUUGUAUUGUCAGAGUCCUGGCAGCAGCAGACUGUAAACGCCUCAACAUGUAGGAAGUUUUUGCUCAGAUGUUCCAACUGCAUUGCAGUAAUUCAGACAUGGCAAAGGCAUAAACGGUUUUUCUACUAUAAGGCCCCAAAUUGGGCAAAACUUAGAGAAGUCUCAAUUUGAUCUGCUCUGCAAGUGAUCCACAACAGCUACACUUUUCCUUUGGUAUAAAGAUAUUAACAAGUGAUGGGUUAACCCAUCUGUUAAGCUUGUUCAAAGUUAGGCCAUGCAAUCAUUUAUUGACAAAAAAAAGGCCAGAAAUAUGUUUAGUCUAUUCUUUCAGCGUCUGGUUUAAUAGUUUUAAAUAAUCUGCUUGUUUUUAAUAAGAUAACAGUAAAAGAUGUGGUUUCCUUCCACGAUGGUCCCAUUGUACUGUAAUAUGACACCGCUUUCAAUUCUUGACUCUUCCCAUUUCAAGUUUGCUCUCUAGAAAUCCUGGCAGCAGCAGAGUUUACCCAAGAGAAACACUCUAUGCUUGAAUCAGAGAUCUCUGCUUACCACCACAUGUUAUAAUUACAUAUCUGGUAUGUGUGAGGCAGAUCGAGUGUUAGUUGUGUGUGAAUACACUUCUACAACAGGAAUUAUGCAAUUAUAAGUUAUUUCAGAACCACAUGAAAUGUUGGACGCUGUAGUUUAAUAAACAUCAUGGAACCAUGACCAGUGGGUUUUUUGUCAUUUAUUUACCUUUUCCUUUGCCAGUGUUCAACGCCACCAGAAAAUACCUUCAGGUUUUCAAUUUUCCUCAUUGUGACUGGGUGUGUCAAAAGUAUGAAGGAUAAAUGAAGGAUAAGGGAAAGUGAAACUAGUUCUGAUGUUGGUGGAGGAAUUGUGGAUGCAUACGGAGCCUUGUGGCAAGUGGAUCUUCGAAAUCUAGCAGUGAUAUCUCCAGGACACAAAACAAAUCUCAAACGACUUGAGAAUCUGGAAGACUUUAUUUUUCCUUUGGAAUGGGACAGCAUGGCUCACGGUGAGGUGAUGAAGAGGGUGGUGCUGAAGUCUUGUACACCAGAGUACAGGAGAGUGAAGCAGGGAUUCAAACGAACUGCUAGCUACACUAUAAUCAAGAUUCAGCGCGUGCAGAACAUUCAUCUCCGUCGUGCUUACGAGGCACAGAAGAAAAAAAUAUUUGAAAAGAACAAACAAGAGGGAGCUGCAAAUGAAAAGUUUCUUUACCACGGGACAACGGAGGACAACUGUGACUCCAUCAUGAAAACUGGCUUCAACAGGCGCUUCUGUGGGCAAAACGCAACAGCAUACGGUGAGGGAACCUACUUUGCCGUAGACGCCAGCUACUCCAGCCACCCCACCUACUCCAGACCUGCUGCUGAUGGUUCUCAGCUGAUGUUUGUGGCUCGAGUCUUGACGGGCGUCUACACUCUGGGCCAAAAAGGCAUGAAGGUUCCUCCGCCUCUCGACGACAAGGACCCUCACAUACGAUACGACAGCGUGGUGGAUAAAAUGGACAGACCCAACAUGUUCGUCGUGUUCCACGAUGACCAGGCUUAUCUGGACCACCUCAUCACCUUCAAGCAAUGACCCUGAAAACGUCUCAUGGUUCUGUCAAAGUCGGAGGGAAGUAGUGGGUUCUGGGUAACAUUAGGUUAGAAAUAUUUCCUGGUUUACCGGGAAUCCUCAAAUCUAUUGAACCUUUAACAAAAAUUUGUUGUAACCUUGAUUAUUGUUUUAUCAGAUUUUUGAGAGUUCUAUGAUGUUUUUUUGUUUGAUUUCUUUAUCUCUUAAAAUUAGAAGCUGGUCCUGUCCACACACGUAUCAACGAAUUAUAAACUUGUUAAAAGGGUCUUUUGAAACUUAUUGAUGUCUUCCUGUCAGAAAGACACAAUUUAUUGAAACCUUUUUGAUCGAGUCUGUAAAAAAAAAAUUGCAAAUAAAACAAUCUUAAAUACAUCUUGAAUAAAUCUUUAAUAGGUUCCACAGGGUUAUUCCCCGGGGAGCUGAAAACCUGACAUUAAAAGCAUGGUCAAUAAA